UAAUCAUCAAUAUUUAUUUCCGGAUUAUACCUACGAAAAUAAAAAUAAUAUUUUUGAUGACACAGACCUUCAGAUUGAUAUAAUACACAAUUAGGAAAUUGCUUAAAAUCUGAGAAAUCCUGGAAAGCAGAUUGUAACAGGUCAAACAAUUGAUUGUGAAGUCAUCAGCAUAAAGAUGUAAAUAUUUAGAAUGAUACCUUGAACAUGUUGAAGGUUAUUUAAGGACUCUCAAAUGAUAGCCAAAAUGAGGUAUAGAGGCAGGUUAUGUCUGAAAUAUCACCGACCAUUUUGGAAGUUAUACUUGAAGUACCUGUGUGCGGCUUGUGUCAUAUCAUUCACCUCAAUGUUCUGUGUCACUCUUAGUGAAGAUUUAGUGGAUUGGUUUGCUUCAUUCCAUACAAAAAUUGACGUAAACAGAAUUGCGCAAGAAUUUCAAAAUGAUAAAACAAUUUAUGAAAAUACAACAGCAGCAGAUGAAAUGUUCAAGAAAGUAAGAAUACUUUGUCUUGUUAUAACAACAAGUGGCCAUUUAAAUAAACAGAUUCCUGUUGUCAAUGCUACAUGGGGGAAAAGAUGUAAUAAAAUUCUUUAUGUCAUGUGUACUGACAAAAAACAAAAAGACAUAUUAAAUUCCUGUGAUGUGACGGAAUCAAAAAGUCAUUUGACUCGAAAAGUACGUUUUAUGUUGCGAUAUGUGUAUCUUCACUAUUUGAAGGAUUACGAUUGGAUAUUAAAAGCAGACGAUGAUACCUACGUGAUCAUGGAGAAUUUAAGAUUUUUAUUAUCAUUCCAUAAUCCUGAUUUACCAGGUUACCUUGGUUACCAUUUCAAUAUGCAUUUAAAACAAGGUUACAUGAGUGGUGGGGCUGGGUAUGUGAUUAGUCGGACAGGGUUGAAGAAAGUUAUCGAGGUAGCAUUUAAAGAAAAUGGCUGCCCACCAGACGGGAAGGAUGAAGAUUUAGACAUUGGUAAAUGUCUACAGAUGGCGGGUGUACCUCCGCUGGUAUCAUAUGACAAAUAUGGACGUGAGACAUUCCAUACUGAUAAGGUGUGGCAGCAUCUUUAUGGAACUGUUCCCCGAUACCUGAAAAAAUAUAGUUGGAAUGGGGUAACAGAUGGAGGAGGUUGCUGUAGCCAGUUUUCUGUUACAUUCCACCACGUUAAUCCACAGACAAUGUUAUUGAUGCAUCAAAUGUUAUAUAGAACUAGUGUCUAUGGACGACAGACUCCGACAGAUAUAUCUGAUAUGUUCCAUAUGGCUAAAGUGCUACCAUUACUUUAAAGUAGAAGUUAAACAUAAAUAGAAUAGUUAUUCAAAUGUGUUACACAUGUUAUAUAUAAGUGCAAUAUGGACAAAUAUUAUUAUUGCAUGUAAUAGGGGUGUUAAAUACUAUAUACGCAUUUUGUAAAUUGGCAAUUAUUAGCAAAGAGAAUUUUUAAGAUUUUAUUGUGUUUUUUUAUACACCCGUCAAAAUUUUUGACGGGAUGUAUUAUGGUAUACACAUGUCCGGUGUCUGUCCAUCCAUCUGUCCGUCCGUCCGUCUGUCUGUCUGUCCGGCGUAAACAUGUCGCACCAUAACUUGAGAACGACUUAUCCAAAUUUCAUAAAACUUAAUAUAGUUGUUUCUUAUGAUGGUCAAAUGAUCUGUAUACUUUUUGGUGAAAAUUAGAUUUAAACUUUUUGAUUUACGGCACUUUGUAACUUAAACAGGGGGGUGUUUUUUUCACAUGUCGCACUGUAUCUCAAAAACGAUUCUUGAUUAUGGCUUAAAACUUUAAACACUUUUUAGUUAUAUUAAUCUUAAUAUCUGUAUACUUUUUGGUGAUGAUUCAAAAUUUCAUUUUUGAGUUAUUUAGUAUUUUUUUAAAAUGGGGAAGGUUUUUUUUACAUGUCGCGCCAUAUCUCAAAUUCGAUUUAUGAUUAUUGCUACAAACUUUACACAUGUCUUUGUUAUAGUAAUCUUAAGAUCUGUAUACUUUUUGAUGAUGAUUCAAAAUUUUAUUUUUGAGUGGUUGAGUAUUUUGUAAAAAAGGGGGAGGGUUUUUUUACAUGUUGUGCCGUAUCUCUAUAACAAUUUAUGAUUAUUGCUUAAAACUUUACACACUUUGUUAUAUUGAUCUUAAGAUCUGUAUACUUUUUAGCGAUGAUUCAAAAUUUUAUUUUUGAGUUAUUGAGUAUUUUGUUAAACAGGGGAGUUUUUUUUUACAUGUCGCGCCGUAUCUUAACAAUAAUCUAUGAUUAUUGCUUAAAACUUUACACACUUCUUUGUUAUAUUAAUCUUAAGAUCUGUAUACUAUUUGGUUUUGAUUCAAAAUUUUAUUUUAGUGAUAUUUAGUUUUUUGAACAAAAAAAAACAGGGUGAGGGGUUUCCCGCCUUGUCUCAAAAACUAUAUAUGGUUAUUGCUUAAAACUUUAUCAGAAACUAUUUAUGAUUAUUGCAUAUAACUUCCACAUAAGACGUCCGGUGUAUCAUGCGCUCAUGGCGCAGCUGUUUAUUCUGUCUGACAUCUAAACAAAUCAAGUAUUUAUACACAUGUAGCUAGACAGUGUUUCUGAUAAUUUUAUGUUUGUCUUAUUUUUAUUGAGUCUAUGAUAUAAACAAAAUGUUUUUUUUAUACUUUCUCAUUCAGAAAAAGAUUUGAUUCAACAUUAUAACAAUAAAUCUUUCUACAGGAUUGUUAUGCCCAGCUGAUGAACUAUUCAAGUGCAGCUUUCAUUGGUCGGAUAUCAUCAUUUAAUAAUUCAUAAAUUAUGUUAAACUGUUGAACUACCUUUAAGGUUGUACUUUUUAUAUUGUCAUAGUUGUAUUGUCAACAUGGUCAAAUGAAUACAAUCGUGAACAAAUAAUUUAUAGGGUUUCAAAAGGCUGUAUAGAAUAUGUUUUAUGUUGUUGGACUCACACGUAAGCUUAAUAACAAGAUUAAAUACUAGUACCUGAUAUUAAAUGCAUACAACUAGCAUCCAAGCUUAUACUGUUUCAUGUAAACUUAUGUGAGCAUAUUUUUUUUAAUUCUAAAUAUUUUAUCUGCUUUAUACUGUCAUGACUGUAAUUUACCAUUGGAUUUAUAAUUACAGCAACAUUCAAAAUUGGAGUUAUCUUUCCUUAGUUCAUAGUUGUAGUUGAUAAAUAUCCAAUUCAUCAUGUUUGUUAUCAUAAUGAUUUAAUAUUCAAUAUUUAAUGCAAUAAUAUUUUAUUCCUAUUGGGAACUGAAUGCCAUGUUUAUUUUCCAGUGCCCUCAAUCAAUUUUCUUAUUGUAAUUUUGUACUAGGUCAAUAAAUUAUCAAGAAUGUGAUAUAAAAAAAUCGUUUUAAAGUCAAAAGUGGUUGUCAUCUGAACUCUAAAAUGCUUUAAAAUGCAUCAAGAGUGUACUAUACCGCUUAUUUUCGCGGAUAGAACAAAAUCGCCAAAAUAAAUUCCGCCAAUUUAAAAGUGUACAUGCAAAGGUAAUGUUAAAAAUGUUGAAUCCGCCAAAAUAAUAACCGCCAAAAUUUUUCGUAUACCUUAUUCAAUGAAAAUCGCGAAAUUUUACACCCGCGAAAAUAACCCACUAUACGGUAUAUGUAAAGUUGUGUUUUCAUGCUUACAGGGAUUUGUUUUUUUAAUUUGCCAUGUGUUUUCUAUUUUUAUUAAAGAACUUUUUAUUUCAUGUUUUUUUAUAUUAUAUAACUGGAUUUUUAGAGUCAGAAAAUAAAAGAUCAUAAAAGAUAGAAGCUUUUCAAACCUUAAGUAUGCAUUAAUUAAUUUUCAUAAAUAUGAUGACAGGAGUUUAAUAUGACCUUAACUGACUAUAUAUACAGCCCUUCCAUGGUUGUAUUAGUUUUAAUAAUUGUAUCAUUUGAUAAGAAUAAAUGUGCCAUACUUAGAUAGUGUUCAGUCUGAGCCACCUAGAUAAUGGAGAUCCUUAUUCAAUAGUAUAUCUAAGUUACUAAUAUGAGUUCCAUCAGAUUGUUUUGUCUGAUACAUAAAACAUGUAAUAGCAUUGUAACCAGGGUUUCCGCUGGCAGUUGCCAUUUUCAAAAUUUAUCAAUUUGCAAAAAAUGAUAUUUGUGGCGAUAAAAACUUUUUCAUUUAAGAUGGUCUAGAAAAGUCCCCUUCUUUUAAAGUUGUUCAAACUAUAAUCAAUUUUCCCCAUAAAGUUCUUCUUUUUAAAAGAUAAUUGUUCAGUGUUUAUUCAUUACAAUGUAGACUCGAAGAUAAGUUUGAGAGAUCACUCAUGACAACAAUGGGGAAAACUCAUCUUAAUUAGGGGGAUGUUAAACGAAAUUAAAGCAUGUUUAUAUUUCUUGGCGAAAAAAGUAAUACAGUGGCGAAAAAUAUUGUUUUUAGGAGAAAAUGAUAAUUGACCCAGGGGAAACCCUGAUUGUAACCUAUACUAUAUAAAGCUAUGACUCAUAACAUGUAUAAGGGAAAAAAAAUUCAAAGUUGAAAACUUAAUUGUCUCAAUUAUGAACAAAAUAAUGAAAGUAAGACAAAUGUGGUACAGGGAACAAACCACAACCACUGAAUUACAGGCUACUGACUGGGGACAGGCACAUAGAAAAUGUGGCAGAAUUAUACUAGUUAUUUAGCGCUAAAUACACCCUAUGUUUAAUGACAUACGUCUUCAUGAAAAUAAAUUGACUUUAACUUCA